UUGGAUGUUGCGAGUUACGUUUCUCCUGUCCAGUAAGACUAGCAACGGCUUGUACUUCCUGAUCGAGAUGAAUAGUCUUGAGCUGCGAGCCCCUUCCCUUUAGUCGCUGCAACUUAAGCAACCCGUUGCAACAUAACGCAGUUUUCCGCCCUUUUAACAAUAGAGAGACGACACUGUGGGCGGGUCCCUUCCGCCUUUUUCCGAGCCGCGUGUUGUAGGUAGUUAUUCUGUGGGACGGGAUUAGGUCUGACCUCGCAGCCUUUCUGGAAGCUGCAGCUUUUCAUCUCAUCCUCUUCAAGUCACGAUUUCUUACUCCCUCCCAUCUCCCUUCUCAAGCUCCACUUCAGGGCUGCUUCAAGUGCAGGCAGACUGUUUGGGAAUUCUAGCGCAGUAGGUGUGGAUACCAAAUCAUGAAAAUAAACUCGUGUGACCUAAUACAGAGUGAAUGAAAGUUACCAAGCUGCAGUUGUUCCCCAACAACCAUUUUGUCAGUUUCUGAUGCAAGAACGGGAAGAUGGGGAACAGUGCCUUAAAAGCUCAUUUGGAGACUGCCCAGAAGACAGGUGUGUUCCAGUUAACUGGAAAAGGCCUUUCAGAGUUUCCUGAAGAUCUGCAGAAGCUGGCAAGCAAUCUCAGAACAAUAGAUUUGUCAGACAAUAAGAUUGAGACUCUGCCUCCAUUCGUGGGAAGAUUUUCUGUGCUGAAAAGCCUUACUCUGAACCACAACAAACUGACGGCCCUGCCUGAAGAGCUGUGCAAACUGAAAAAACUUGAGGCUUUGCAUUUGAAUAGCAACCAUCUGACACAGUUGCCUACUGCGUUUGGACAGCUCUCAGCACUGAAGACUCUGAGCCUUUCGGGAAACAAGCUCCGAACUGUACCUACCCAGCUCUGUAGCCUUCGUCAUUUAGAUGUGGUGGAUCUCUCCCGAAAUCAAAUCCAGAGCGUACCAGACACAGUGGGGGAACUGCAGGCCAUUGAACUCAACUUAAAUCAGAAUCAGAUUUCUCAGAUCUCAUCACAGAUCUCUGUCUGUCCUCGUCUCAAAGUUCUACGUCUGGAAGAGAACUGCUUAGAACUAAGCAUGCUUCCUCAGAGUAUUCUAAGUGAUUCUCAGAUCUCUCUGCUUGCAGUAGAGGGCAAUCUCUUUGAAAUCAAGAAACUCAGAGAGUUAGAGGGGUAUGAUAAGUAUAUGGAGAGAUUCACAGCCACAAAGAAGAAGUUUGCCUGAUGGACAGUUUUAUCUCGUGAAGGAAAAGUUCAUGAAAUGUGGAUCAUACAUGCUGCUAGCCUAUUUUGAGAAGGAAAAUCAAGGUUAUGUCAAGGAAACACCAGCCACAUUGAUUUUGCAGUGGUCUAGUGCAUAGACAUUUGAUGCUGCAAAGUGAAGCUAAGAUACAGCCAAAGGUUUAACUUAGAGCAGACAGAGAAUGUCUGCCUUACAUAAUUCUCCAUCUUCAGGGAUCUUUAUGGAUUGGGAGAAGAAUCUUGUAUAUUCCUUGAGCUGUACCAGUUUGUUACAGCUGUCAGCAAGUUUCUUUUGAGGAAGUUCUAAUUAUAUGAAGUGUGAAUUUAAUAUGUCUGGGGAACACUUGCCAAGGAGUGCACUGAGGCUGUAUAACUGCUUAACAAUGCAAAGUCAUCUCUUUGCUCUAAAUGUCCUAUAAUGCAGAAGAGGUUGGCUCUGCUUUUUUAACAAUGUAGUUUAUGAAGCACAAAGUUAAUUUUAGUAUGUUGUUUUGGCUUCACUUUACAAGGACAGCCUAUAAUUGGCUUGUCUUCCACUUGAUGGUGAAAUGCACUACAACUCAUCUCCAAGCAUGCUGAUGAUGGUGUACGUGACUGGAUCUAGAUAUCCACACUGACUUCACUGGGGGAAAGAAGAUGGCAUUCUGCACUGACUGUUAUGUGGUGGUAGAGCGAACACAACUGCUGAAUCUGGUCAAUCACCUUUCUUAUUGCUGCCUUAUACAAAGCACGGCGGAGAACUGAAAAAUAUGCAACUUCCCUGAAUAACUUGUAUAUUUUUACUUUAAACAAUUUACACCCACAAAUGUCUUAAGCUUUUUGGCACCUUUAAUAUUAAAGCUAUGUUAUAAACUAUUCAAUUAUAUGCUAUGAAUAAUAAAUAUAUACAUGUGCAUAACUAAAAUGAGUUUUGUGAAAGUAACAGUGCUACCCAAAAGGGUAACACAAGUCAAGGACCUGGGCUGUGGCACUAGUGCAAACGCAGGAGCUGACUAACAUUGGCUCAAUUCCUGGGACUCAACCAGCUCCUACCCCCCACCCAUUGGUGUCUGAUCGGGGAGGGGGGGAGGGACUAGUUGCCAGCACAGCUCCACAGCAGCCUAGACUUCCAGAUUUCGCUGACCGGCUGCUAGCACCUUUCCCCCCUCCCCAAACGCAGGUCACGGAGGUGUAUGCAAUUCCUGCAAUCCCCUGUGCUAUUACUGAGGGCUUCUUUGUCUGCAGGAACAGUAUUGCAAGGGACUGGUGUGGAAAGUCAGCAAUUCAGCCUUUUGGUUGGAUCCAGCCCAUUAUAUUUGCCUUGUAAAAUAUGAUCUAAUCACUCCUUUGGCUCAGUAUCAAGGACCAAAAACCAAUCAAUAUCUUUUCUCAUCAGCACAGAGAUGAGCAGGACUUCUGCUAUUAAAGGGGUGGGGGAGCUGAAGAUCUUUUAUAUGCUAUACAUAGGUGGAAAUUGUGUCCAAGUCUGUUCUUGGGUAGCUGUGAAAAACCUGAUAGUUGAUCGCAAACUGGUAUUUUACCCAACGAAUAAAAGUUAACAGCAUUCACAUUUUUACUUACACAUAGACAAAGAUUUUAGAAAGAAGACACACACAAUAAGCAGAAACAUGAUUAUGUAUAACUUGGUGUCCCUUCAUCCAUAAUUCAGCUGCCAAAAGGAGCUAAGGCCAAGGAAAAAUGCAAGGGAAUAAUAAUAUAGUGGAAGAUGCCUGCUGUGUCUUGAACUUCACCAACACUGCCAUGCUGAAGCCGCUAUUACUCCUUACAUUCACACUUCCCAUAUUACAACUCACUGCAAUAAUGUGCAUUGUGUGAUCCAUCAUGAGUCUCAGUGAAAGAGGUAGAUAAUGAAAAAAUAAAGAUCAGUGUUUGGGCCAAAAAUCUGGCACAUGCAAUACAAAUCAGUCUAGGUUGUUUUAAUGCAGAACAAUAAUCAAGUAAGAGUUAAGAAACCACCAGGAAUAGUUGUUCUAGUGGUCUGUAAUUGUAAUGAAACAUGAAAUGAUUCCACAUUAUAUGCUUUUGUAAAAUAAAAAUCUGGUGUACAUAAA